AUGGGCGAGCUCCCGUUCUUCAGGGCACACGCGGCCUUGCACCCGGACCACCUGUGGAUUUGGGAACGGUCCGUGUACAUAGACGAGAACCAGCGUACCUGGCUGCCCAUAAUCAUCGAGGUACAGCCGCCCUGGGGCCUCCAGGUGCUCAUGCGGCAGGAAGAUGUGCCCCUGGGGGAGGCCCUGUGCCCCAGCCUGCUGGCCCCCGGGCUGCUGCCCUCCAUGUGGCAGCUGUACCCUGAAAGAAGAUACCGAGGCUCGGACUCUAGCUUCUGGCACAUAGUGUACCACAUCGAGUUCAGUGGCACGGAGGACAUGCUCCUGGAGCAGCUGCCGGACCCGGAGUGUGAGUGA